CAUGCCUCCUAAAUAACAAUAAGUUGUGAGUGUAAUUAAAGAUGAAGAAUAGUUUCUUAAUUUAAUCAGUUCUGAAAAUAAAAAGUUGGUUUUACUUGAUGUUCACCCUGAUUGGUGUGGUCCAUGCGAAAUGAUGAAUCCAACUUAUAAAACAUUAUAGACAAGUAUUGAUGACUUUGAAAAAAGAGUGGAUAUUUACACUUUAGGUUAUAGUAAAAUAGUCACAUACAAACAUGAUAAAUUUAGUAAAUAAUAAUUCAAAUACUCUUUUUAGACAGAGAGCCAACCAGUAAACCCAGGUUUGUCUUUUAUUAAGAAGGUAGAUUAGUUGAUGAAGUAUAAGGAGCAGAUAUUCCAGCCAUUAUUGAAAGAGUUUACAAAUAUUUACCAAUGGUUUAUUGA